GGGAGGGUGUGCAUGUGCAAGUUCCAUGUCUACCUCGUAUGGCUGAGGACCCAUUUAUAAACCAAUACCAGGUCACUGGGGAAGUCACACAACACUCACGACCACAGAGAGACAGAGAAAAACACCUGCUCCAAACAGCCCAGUCUACCAUUGAAGAAUCUAUUCUCUCUCCUCCUUUUUUGCUCACUCGUUCAUUUACCUCCUGGGACAUGAUGUGGAAACCACUGGUAUUAGCUGUGUGUCUGUUAGUGGCUGGGGUGCAGGGGAUGGAGCGCCCCGUGUAUGGAGUGAAGCUAUGUGGCCGGGAGUUCAUCCGGGCGGUCAUCUUCACCUGUGGAGGAUCUCGCUGGAGACGGUCACUCGGGAGUGCAGGAGACUUCCCUCAGGACCCUUUCAGCUCCCAUGACGAGGACUCGUCUGAAGGCUGGAACUCAGACUCCCAGGUCCCAGAGGGUCCCUUCCAGCAUGUCCAGGAGGGUGGUGUGUUCAUCAGCAGGCCAGCCCGCUCCCUCAUCUCAGAGGAGAUACUGGAGGCUCUCCGUAUGUCAGACCGUAAGGGCCGUGAUGUGGUGGUGGGCCUGUCCAACGCCUGCUGCAAGUGGGGCUGCAGCAAGGGAGACAUCAGCUCCCUUUGCUGAGAAUCCACCCCAUUCUCUCUCCUCCCAUGCACACACAUAGCCCUACACAUACCUGGUAUUUUCUCAUAUCUCUCUCUCUCGGUUUUUCUAACUGCUCUCCAGAGUGUUUCCGAGUUAAAGUAUCAUGUUAACUGUGCAGGGAGAAUAGAACCUUAUUCUCCAUAUAGACCCAGUCGGUAUUAGAUUGAACGUCAUGACACUACCUGCCUGUAAAACAACCUGUGUUUACCUAGGUUUCCCCAUUGACUCACAGCAAAAACGUUAUCUUUUUUCAAACGCAAUUUUCUUAUUGUCUACUUGUUUUAGUCAAUUACAAAACUCCAUUUACAAAAAGUACAACAUGUCUAAAGAUUACUUUUCAAUAUUGCCUCUCCCUAGCGUUCUUACUACUUAGAAAAAGGUAAUAUUGUGGGGCUUCCCUUAUUAUGCCCUUUUCCAUGACAAUGCUAGCAGCAACUUGAGUGACAGCUAGCUACUGACCGGAACAUUAAGCUAGCCAAGAACAAUAACACAAACAAUCUGACUAUCCAGCUAGUGGAAUUACAAACGGACAGUAUGAGCUAAACAAGUUAAAUGUGUUAACCGUGAUGAAAUGUUUUCCACACACAUACCUACGUA